UAAAUUCAGUAUUUAACAUUUGAAUGAUAGGUACAUAUUUUAAUUUAAAAUGUUUGUUUUUUUGUUAAUUAAUUCAUAUAAAAUCAAUUACGACUGGCAUGUAUAAACAGAAAGUCAAUAAAUAAUAGCCGACAAAGUCUAAAUCAGCAAUGAAAAAUAAGCAUUUUGACUCCAAGUCAUUUAACGAAAAUCCUCAAAAUUUAACUUUUUUUUUUGUCUAAUUUUUUAAUUAUUUGAUCUAGUAAUUGUCGAUUUUGCAUGAAAAAAUGGCUAAACUUUACAUUAUAAAGGUAAAUUUUGCGGAUUUAUAAAUCUGGAAAUUUAACGAAAAAUUAAGAUUUCAUCGAAUGGAAUGGUCUAAACGCAAUUGACGAAUAUGCAAAGGCAACAGCUUUAUUGUACAUCUGAAGCAUCUCAUUUGCUGCACACUUAAUAUACACACAUAUAUACGAUUUCCACUGUUUCAUUUUUGCAAUGACGAAAUUCCAGCUGUCAACUGUCAAACGAUGUGUUUGAACAGAACACAAGAUACACGCAGUCAGCCAAAUCAACACCGAACAUAAUGAUCAAAUGGAACCGUUAGAUUGUAAACUCAAGAACUGGAUGCAGAUUGGAGCAAAACGAAAUGGCGACAUCGCAAAAAGUGUGCGAGAUUUGUAAAUUUAGCGAUGGAAAUGAUUUGGACUUGGGUGAAUGGAAGACAUCAGAAGACUGUACUAUUCAUCUGUUUUGUGCGUUGUUAUCAACGAAUGCAGUCCAACGAGGCGAAGACAAUGAAGGUAUCGAUGGAUUCUUGGUUACUGACAUUCGAGACUUAGUGAAUUUACAUAAAAAAACCCAAUGCUAUCUCUGCAAAAAGAAGUCUGCAACAGUCAGAUGCAAGUAUAAAAAAUGUACACGUUAUUUCCAUGUAAAGUGUGGAACAGAGAACAACUGUUUGUUCCAAUUUGAAGGUCAAUUUCAUUCGUAUUGUCAUUAUCAUGUUGAUAUCAAAGAGAAAAAUACAAUCCAUGGUGAUUGUUGGUUGUGUCAAAUUUGCAAAGAACCCAUGGGUCCGUACAAUCCAAUAACAAGCAUUCCAUCAUGCUGCAAUCAAGGCUUUUUCCACCGAACAUGUAUACAGAAGCAUGCAAGAGCAGCUGGCUAUUUGACAAAAUGUCCAUGUUGUGGAAACGAUUCCGAUACUGAUAACAACGAGUACAGACAGUUUCUCGCACAACGUGGCAUUUUCUGCCCAGAUAAGGAUGCAGAUUGGGAACUAUCGAAAGAUGCAUACCAUUCAUUAUUGUUUGUUUACAACCAAUGCGACGCCAGAAAUUGUCUCUGUCCUAAUGGACGACAACAUAGUGCGCGUGGCGAAUGGCGUUUGCACAAGUGCCGUUACUGUGGAGAAAAGGGUAUUCACGAUGGAUGUCGUCCGACUGAUACAAACAAAGACUUCAUAUGUAACGACUGCAGUGGGAAAUUGACUCCAUUAAUUACUGUUCACACUGAAAGUUCCAGAAACAACGCAGAAACCACAAAUGAAGCUAGCAUGGACGUUGAGAAUCCAUCUUCUUCGAAAACCAAUGUUAACAACAAUAACAGUAAUGAGCCAAAUACAAGUGGACCUGAUGAAUCUGAAGGCAAGGUUUUCAAAUUGGUCCCAACAGAUCGGCUAUCAUACCGAAAAACUACACUGCUUCUGGCUGAUGAAAGUACCAACAAAGAUGUUGACCCGUUAUGCGGUGCAGCAAGAGGAAAAAUGCGUAACAAUCGAUUGGACAUGUUCUUCGCGAAAGCUGAUUUUGAUGCAAAACCAGCUCCACCGCCGUGGCUCAUCUGAAUGAAGAAGCAGCACGAAGAAGAAAACCAAAACGAAUUUCAAUCAACUUAAGUUUUUGUCAUGUUUCCAUUGUAAGAUUAUGAUUGAGAACAAACUAUUGCAUUUUCUUGAAUUGUAUUUUGCUUGGUAAUUAGUGGCAAAUUGAAUCUCACUUCUAAACAGAACGUUUGCACAUUCUGUUAGAAUACUUUAAUUUAUUAAAGAGAUGUGUAUAAAAGUUCAUGGGAAAAUAUUAUCAAAAAUUCAAGGAUAAAUUUAAUAUUAGAAUUAAGGCAACGAGAUCUCGUAUAGCGACAUGAAACACUUAUCUAAGUGCCUUUUCCAACAUUAAAUAAAUAAAUUUCUUUUUGGCAUAAUUUGUAAAUAAGAUUUAUAUUUCAUUCAUAUGUUCAAAUUUCCACAUUCAAAUCAUUAGCUCAUUAUGAUUUACUUGCGAUUUCCACACAAAAAUUACAAAGAAAUUGAAUCGUGCGAAGCCAUUUAAAUGUAGAUCGCAUUCUUUGACGAGAUAGAAAAGUUUCAAAGCAUAUUCUUGUAUGUAUUUAAUUGGUUUGCCAGGAGAAAAACUAUUAACUCGAAGUUGAACCAUUUUUUGAAACGACAAAAAAUGCAUCUAUGCAUUAUUCAAUUAAGCAUUGAGGAUUUGAGGGUGAUUGGACUGUAGUUGACUUCAUAGUAUGUUAAUAGUAUCAAUAGUAUAAUUGUUUGUAUUUAAAAAUUGAUCUCUACCUAAAGUAAUUUCUUUAUUUUUCUUUGUUCUGAACAUGCUUUGAUCAUUUUAUUGAAUUUUGAUUAUUUGAUCAUUUAAUUAAUUAAUUAUUGAAAACAAUAAAGAAUAAGAAUAAAAAUAAGAAUAGUCACCUGUUAGUUACUGUUUAGCGAAAAUUUCCGAAAUUAGUCGUCUGGCUAGAAAUAGACAAGCAACUGACUGUCAGUCGUUUCAUUUGCAAGCAGCAAAAGUACUUAUUUAAAACAAAAAUCCAUGGUUAAUUUCUAAUAUAUAAUUUGUACUGAUGAUGAAAAUACUGUAAAAAAACUUUAACAAAUCAAAA